UUUUUUUUUUUUUUUUUUUUUUUUUUUUGCCCGACGAAUCGCUUCCCGCGUGAAAAGUCACAAUAAACAAAAACCUGCAUUUUUUGCUACGUCUAGAGUUCUCCAAGUUCUCUUAAUGAACAAAGAAAAGAAAUGUAAAGACAAAGAAAACCUGAUGAAAAGCGACUGCAAUUUUUCGUCAUUGCUGUUAACACUUUCUCAAUCAUGGGGGGCUUCUUGAAUUUUUUUUUUUACGUCCAUGCCUGGCCUCAUUUCUAUUCUAAUGUUAGGAACCUUGAUCCCAACACCAUCCAAGCCAUACAUUAUCUGGAUCAUGUCAUUCAUAACGAUGAGAAAUUGAUAGAGCUGUUUUCAGAGGAUCCCAAGCUUUUCGACAUUAAAGAAAAAGCGAAAGCACAGUAUUAUCUUUCGCAACAGGAGCGAAGAAAUUCCUCUCGUAGCACUACGCCAGGAAAGGAAUAUAUUAGAAAUAGUAACAGUAACAGCCGCAGACAGAAGCAGUCUUGAGCCAUUGUUGCUGCUGAUGUCCUUUUUCCCUCAUUCGAAUUCUAUGCGAGAGAGAAGAACACGACACUACUUUUUUAAAAUGCCGACAGUGACGGAUAUGAAUUUAUCCAUCUCCCUCUACCAUGAUGUAUCCUUUUUGUAAGGGUCUUUUUUCUCAUUUCUAGAAAUAAAUGGUAUGUGUAUACCCACACCUUAAAAUUCAAAAAGACUUCUCUAUGACAAACUGUUGAAUUCAAUACACGAGUUAACCCACAUUCAUGACCAACAAAAAAAAAAAAAAAAAA